AUGCGUCUUCGGUCACUCUCAUCGUUUAAUUUGCGUUGGGUUGUUUUGGCCGUGACUGCUACCCUUUUCUUUGCAUUCAGCUUGAUCCGAUUAUAUUCCCACCGCAGUCUUAACUACCACAACGAGAAUCACCCUAUCAACGAUCUAAUUACUAAUGCAAAUGCGCAAUGGCGUUCUCUCCUCGAACAAGAAACGCACACGCUGGCGGCUGCCGCGGAUCAGUAUCGUUCGCGGCGUGGACGCCAUCCUCCCCCAGGAUUUGCAGAAUGGUUUGAGUUCGCCAAGUCCCGGAAUGCGGUUGUUGUGGAGGAUUUCUUUGAUCAAAUUCAUCAUGAUCUGAACCCGUUUUGGGGGUUUGAGCCCCGCGAAGUGCGUCGACGGGCGAGAGGAUACGAACCGCGCAUCGAGGUUCGCAAUCAUAAAGCUAAGCUCGUGGGAGAUGGAGUUUGGACAGACACGUGGCUCGACUUGGUGAAAACGCUGGAGAAAUACCUUCCGGACCUUGACAUGCCUAUUAAUCACAUGGAUGAAUCUCGAAUGGUGAUCCCGUGGGGAGCGGUUAAUACGUUGAUUGACAAGGAACAAGCUAGUCGCGGACUGACUGAGACAGACAAGACCGUCAGCGAAUAUAUGAGCCACGAGAAGGAAGUAAAUCAGGAACCCUUUGAGCCGCGCUUUCUUGGUCCUGUUGACUCUAGCGUCUGGGAAAUGGCUCGCCUUGGCUGCGCCCUUGACAGUCCCUCGCGCAACAGCUUUAUCCCCCAAAUCGACUUCGCGAGCCCGCCGCUGGAGAUGGACAACUAUAUUCGCUUGGGAUACAAGGGCUACGUGAAGAACUGGACACAGACGAUGGACCCGUGCCUCCGUCCCGAGCUUCAGGCUCUCCACGGGACCUUCAUUGAGCCCGUGUCCGUUUCGACGACACACGAUGCGUUCCCGCUCUUUGGAGGGUCCAAACUCACGAUGAACAACGAGGUCCUAAUCCCACCGGCAAUGUACUGGGCCGACAAUAAAUUAUACAAUGGAGGUGAAAAUGAACACGGCGGUAACGAUUGGGAUGCGAAAAAGGACUCUUUUCUUUGGCGCGGUUCCGCCACAGGUGGCCGCAACAAAGAGGAGAAUUGGACAGGCUUCCAACGCCAUCGUCUGCUUUCCAUGUUGAACCGAACCUCUGUAGAAGCUGCUCAACAAACGCGUCAUUUUGCAAAUUUCAUUCUUCCUGACUAUAAUUACUACAACCUCGCUACCAGAAUGGAAGGAAACCUCCCCGCGUUGCUUGAAAAUCACACAGAUGUCGGCUUUGUCCACCUCCUUUGCUUCCCUGGCGAUGGUGACCCGCACUGUCCCUACACAGACCCAUACUUCGCUGUCACUCCCGGAAUGCCUAUGAAGGAACAAUACAACUUUAAAUACUUACUCGAUCUCGAUGGUAACUCCUUCAGCGGCCGCUACCGCAGCUUCCUCCGCUCUACCUCCCUGCCUAUCAAAAGCACCAUCUACAAAGAGUGGCAUGAUUCCCGCAUACUCCCCUGGGUACAUUUUGUCCCCAUAGAUCCCACAUUCAUGGAUAUCUACGGCAUCAUGGAGUACUUCUUUGGUGACGGGAGAGAACGUAAAGGCCAUGAUUCUGUGGCACGCAAAAUGGCCUUCGACGGAAAGGCAUGGGCUGAGAGGGUUCUUAGACGUGAAGACAUGCAGAUCUACGUUUAUCGAUUGCUUCUGGAAUAUGGAAGACUUAGCGAUGAUCGUCGUGAUUUGCUUGGAUAUGUUCAGGACCAUUUUGACGAGUAG